AUGGAAUGUAUGGAGAACGCCCAUCAUUUAUGGACUAAGAGUCGUCUCAGCGAAAAAGACGGGAACGAAAGCAAUCAGGGGGCUAUGGAGAUGCUAUUUCGGAGCUGCAGAGUAUUGCAAAAACCCGCAAGUCCUUGGAUUUGUCAUUCCUGUCAAGCUUUUAGUUCGGCUCCUGCGCUGUUCUCCGGUCACAACAAGUGGUCGACAAUCAAGCAUGACAAGGCCAAAAAUGACAGAGCAAAGAGCAAGGAGCGCCAAAUGAUGAGCAAAGAAAUUAGCAGUGCAACACAAUUAUGGGGCGCCGAUCCGAAAUACAAUCCUCGUCUGACACUUGCCCUUUCCAAUGCGAAGCGUGCCUCUAUUCCAAAAAUAAUCAUUGAAGCUGCGAUUGCUCGAGGACAGGGGCUUAGCGUAACAGGACAAGCAUUGGAAUCCCUAACGAUCGAAGCAAUGCUCCCCGGCUCAGUGGCGGCUGUGAUCGAGUGCCAAACCGAUCAAAAAGCGCGUGUACUUCAAGACAUUCGACAUUCAAUCAAAACUUAUGGGGGAACGGUGACGCCCACAACAUUUUUGUUCGAGAAAAAGGGAAGAGUGGCCAUGGAAGCAAAGGAGGGCUUGAACCCGGAUGACUACUUGGACCAAGCUAUUGAGGCUGGCGCAACUGAUAUCAUAACGGAUGAAGAGGGCCGCCUGGUCAUCUUUACUGACCCAUCGGAGACUAAGAAGGUCGGCGAGACAUUUUCGAAAUCAGCAGGCCUUACAAUUGAGGAGCUGGAGAUGUUCUGGGACCCAAACCAGGAUACCCUAGUGGAGGUGCAAGAUGAGGAACAGGCCAAAGCGAUCGAUAACCUUCUUGGUUCCUUGCGCGACGACCCGAGUGUCCAAGAUAUAUACUUGAACACUACAGAGAAAUUAUGA